AUGUACUCCGCACAGCCUAACGCUGCUGACAGUGCGACAAUCAAUCCUGCUGCUCUCGCAUCGUCCGAUUUGCUGAAUCAGAGCUCCAGAGGUGUCAAGAGGAGCCGGUCGCCGGACACGUACGAAGCGCCGCCCCCUGGUUUGGCUGGGGAUGAAGAUCGAAACCCCAGGAAACGCGGCAAAUCCAUGAAAACAAUCCCUCCCGGAUCUAUCUCUCAAAGUCCUACCAAGGCGCCAGCUCCGAUGCAACAAUCAAUCCCACCCCAGACCCCCCAAUCCCAAAAUGCACCUCUUCCGGGGCCGCAACCCAGCUACACGCCAUCCCAGGCGUCAGCAUCCUCGCCACCCAAGCCAACUCCGACCAAGUCGACCUUAAAGGCAUUGCCCACCGUGCGGGACCACACGACAGAUCAGCUUGGCCCUGGAGGCGAUGAGUACCUGCCCCGGGAAAUCGACGAGAGCGGAGAGAAGAAGGUCAUGCCCAACGGGCAGCUACUAGGGGGCCGCGAGUAUCGCUGUAGGACAUUUCUCGUACCAAACCGAGGAGACAAGCUCUUCAUGUUAGCAACCGAGUGCGCGAGGGUUCUCGGAUACCGGGACUCCUAUCUGCUGUUCAACAAGAAUCGGUCUCUGUUCAAGAUCAUCGCCAACCAAACGGAGAAGGACGACCUGGUCAGCCAGGAGAUUCUUCCUUUUUCUUACAGGUCAAGGCAGAUAGCGAUUGUCACCGCGCGAAGCAUGUUCCGCCAAUUUGGCAGUCGAGUUAUUGUGAACGGCCGGAGAGUCCGAGACGACUAUUGGGAAACCAAGGCUAGAAAACAAGGCUUCACCGAGGCCGACCUGGCUGGAGAGAAGAGACCUGGUGCGUCCAAGGCUCGAGAAGCGGCGGCGGCGGCGGAGCAGAACGCGUCUUUGCUGGGUGGUCCCCAGGGAGAGAUAGUCUACAGCAACAAUCCAGCACAGUUUGGAGGGGCGCCGCAUCCCCAGCUCAUCCAACAAGAAUAUCCUGAUACCCGACGGACUGAUUACUCGUCUAUACUCAAGACCGGACCCCGCCAGGAGAUUACGGGGCCACCCUACCAGGACCGAUCUCAACCGACCGCAAUACCCGAGAUCCAUGCGCAAGCACAUCAUGCCGCCGAGUACAAUCGCUCGGUCACCCAACAGCGUGAGAUGCGAACCGAUUACAUGAACAAUAUGUGGCGAAGGCCUCAUGAGCAGCCAGUCUCCGCGGCCAUGUCCCAGCCUGUCAGUGUCGGCACCGCGGACGCGAGUAUCCCAACGUCCCGCGCCACACAGUCGCCUCAUGCGACUUCGGCAGGAAUGCCGCAGCAACAUUCCGGGCUGGUCCCGAGCCAGAGCCCCCAACUGAUGAUGACUGCACCACCGUACUCGACUCCCAUUCAGGCUCAGAAUCCCAUAAGUCAGUCAUCGUCGAUGAGAGGUAUGGCCCAAGUUCCAAGCCAGCCGCAAUCAAAGCCAACAAGCUUGUCUUCAGGGUCGGCGGCUAGCAUGCCUCAGACGGCUCAGGGCUACGGGUACCAACCUUCAAGCCAGAUGUGGCCUCCGACGCCACAGACACCUCAGUACGGAUAUACGCACAAUCAGCAAGCGCAACAGUCCCCUCAUCCUCCACAGAGCUCCACGUCUCAGAUGCGACACUCGAGCACCUCUGGCUCGGUGCAGCCAGGCGCCAUGCCCUACUCCGGCAUGCCAGGAAUGGCGCAAGGCUACCCUGCGCCCUCGCCGUACGACCACCAAACGCCACGCCAAUACAUGCACCAAGGCUCGACUCCGUCACCGGCUGUCACUCAGGCAUGGUCAGGACAGCAGCAACAGCCGCAGCAGUGGUGGACUCAGCAACCUCAGUAG